GAUAGGUAUUUUAUUACAGGAUGAACAGGGUAACUGACAGCAAACACAGAAUUCAUGCAAUGCUAAAUAUGAAAAAUUGGCAUUUGUGUAUGUAAUGCUUUAGGCUGCGGGAAGAAAUUUGAACGACAAAUUCACAUAUAGUUGAAUAAACUUUACAAUCUAACUCCCUGUACCGGAAAUUUUCUACGUCAUACGGAAGGAAGUGAUGUACAAACAGUUUGCGCCGUUUCUCAUUGAGUUGCAACGUUACGAAUAUUUAACAUUUUUCUGGUGGUAUUGAACAUUCUCAUUUAUCUCUGUAGAGAGUAAGGCGGUAUAUAACCACAAACAUGUCUGACAACGAAGACAAUUUUGAUGAUGGAGAUUUUGAUGACGCUGAAGAGGAUGAAGGGCUAGAUGACCUGGAAAAUGCUGAAGAUGAGGAUGCCGAGAAUAUUCAGAUUCUACCUGCGGGGGAGGGGCAGCAGGCCAACCAGAAAAGAAUCACCACGUCCUACAUGACCAAGUAUGAGAGAGCUAGAGUUCUGGGCACCCGGGCUCUACAGAUAGCAAUGUGUGCGCCGGUCAUGGUGGAGCUGGAAGGAGAGACGGAUCCUCUGCAAAUUGCAAUGAAGGAACUGAAGAGCAGGAAAAUCCCCAUCAUUAUCAGGAGGUACCUGCCGGAUGGGAGCUACGAGGACUGGGGCUGUGAUGAGCUCAUCAUCACUGACUGAGGCUGAGCCGUGUGGCAGGGGAGCCCCUCUGGAACCCUGGCAUGGGGAGAUCGCCAGGCUGGACAAGCCCUCCCCUCCCCUCCCCUCCCCUCCCCUAAUGCAGCCUUCCCCCCUGCAGAGAGAUAUGGACAGACCUGUGUAAUAAAGCACACAGAGUAUCCUGAGUAUUUAUGUUGCAUAUAUUUCAAGGAAACCAUCUUAGUUUGAUGACAUGCAGGUGUUGUAGGUGCACUGCACUUAAAACAAGACCAGGUCAAAACCUAGUAUAUGGCUGGACCUAACACACUUCAUCCGGCCGGCCAAUGGUGUAUCUUCAUCAGUCACUCAGUCACAGACAUUCGCAUUUGUAGGGUUGGCCCCGCAGUCCAGCCAAAAAUUGUGAGGGUGGUGUAUGUACACCCAUCAUCCUCAAGAGGGAGAUCAACAUCUAGGCAAUGUGGGGGGGUGGGGGGGAAUGCUCUUACUACAGUUGAUCAGAUCUUUCUGAACAUUGGUAAAGUGGCAGCAGCUAAAAUGUGUUCCAUCUUCUUCCAUUUAUGUGUGAAAAUAUUUUAUAAGUUUUUUUAAAAGUAAUAAAGCCUGUCUUAAAGAUUUUCUCUUGUUACUCUAGGUUAUAUUUGCAACAGUAGUGGCUGAUUUAAAAUUGCCCGUAACAGACUUUCUCUCAAUGGUUCUGUGUCUUUGUGUUUUUAAUUUCUGGAUGUUACAGCAGUAGAUUCUGUAUGCAACAGUAGCUAAUGUCCUGCACAGAUGAGAGAAGUGGACUGUGCUCUUUGCUGCUUCAUAAAACCUUGAUCAGGGUUAAAUUACUUUUUUUUUUAGUGAAGUGUAUAGGUGCAUUCAGACUAGACUCGAUAAAUAGUAAUAAACCUCAAGGUGCUUCACAGUGAUCUGAUUCUACUUUUAGCCAUAAUUCAUAAUAACUGUGUUGGGGUGCUUGGGCUCAUCAGAUUGGUGAGUCUACUGAGAAAUUACCUUUGGCUUUGUGUGAAUUGUGAAAAGUUGGUUGUUGUGUAGUAACAGUCUGCAAACCUACAAGUAAUAAACUGAUUUCAGGCAAA